CUAAGAUAGCCCAUAGUCUAUUAUUUUAACUUUGUCUCUAAUGGAUAGUAUCCAUGGGAACAGUGGCGAAUACCAUCAACCUUUACUAACAGAACCAGGUUCAAAUCAUGAAGAAUCAAAACCAGAAGAAAAUAAAUGGAGAGAUGAAGAUGGGGAAGAAGGACUUAAGUACAAGGCUAUGGAUCGAAACAAAGAAGCUAUGGGUCAUCGUAGGACCUUCAAUCAUCAGUCCUGUAACUCCUGUUGCUUCUACUCCAUGAACAUUAUAACCCAAGCUUUUGCUGGUCACCUUGGUGAUGUUCAACUUGUAGCUAUUUCAAUAGCCAAUACGGCCAUCGUUGGCUUCAACUUUGGCCUCAUAGGAUGGCGAGUGCUUUAGAAACCCUUUGUGGACAAGCUUUUGGUGCUAAACAAUACCACAUGUUCGGCCUUUACAUGCAAAGAUCUUGGAUCGUUUUACUCCUUUGUUGUUACCCAUUUACGUAUUUGCUACCCCGGUUUUAAAGCUAUUCGGACAGCUGGACGACGUGGGGGAGAUGUCGGGGGUGGUGGCGAUUUGGUUGAUACCUUUGCACUUUAGCUUUGCGUUUCAGUUCCCAUUACAAAGGUUCUUGCAAAGCCAGUUGAAGACUAGGGUGUUAGCCUAUGUCUCGUUUUGUGCUUUAGGGGUGAAUGUGUUGACGAGUUGGGUGUUCGUAAAUGUGUUGGAUUGGGGUGUGAUUGGUGCUUCACUGGCGUUGGAUAUUUCAUAGUGGGUUGGAGCUCUGGGGCUCUAUGGCUACACUGUCCUCGGUGGGUGUCCUUUGUCAUGAACUGGUUACUCGAUGGAAGCAUUUAAUGGCUUAUGGCUUAUGGGAGUUCCCUAUGGAUAUACAUAAGGAGAGUACAAAAAACAAUUUUCCUUUUAAAAAUAAUAGGUUGCCGCCUGGGCCGCACUAAUAAAAAAUUAUUAUUAUUUUGUUUUAUUUCGUAUCCUCUUAAAAUAAAUUUGUAUUUUGGUUUGAAAUAAAUAAGAGGGUGCCGUCACUUAGUCAGGCGGCAUCAGUUCUUUACUGUUCUUUUUA